GGUAUGAAUCGUCGCCUAUUGGGGAGUCUGCUGGCGGUGAAAGAACGUGCACCGAUCAUAGGCGGGAGCUUUGCCAUUUGGGGAGGAAUGUUCACAACUCUGGAUUGUUCCCUAGCACACUUACGAGGCAAGGAAGAUCCCUGGAACUCAAUCAUGAGUGGCGCAGCCACCGGAGGUAUCCUAGCGGCCCGAAAUGGGCCAGCGGCAAUGGCAGGC